AUGCUUUCUAAAGUUUUUCUUCUACAGGCAUGUAUAGGCACAUGUUUAUUGUGUUUAUUCAUGCUUGGCAUGGUCAGUGGACAAUGUCCUCAUCAAAAAACUGGUUUAGUCAACUUUUCAUCCUUAGUUGGAUGGAAUGUAGCUAAUUCUGACAUUCUCAUAACCAAGGCUGUCAAGUUAAAUGAUUCUCCUCCAAAUAAGCUUCGUUCCAUCACCAUAAAAUCUGGUGGUUCAUUAAUCUUUGAUAAUGUCAAUCUCAAUUUGGAUUUGAAUUUCAUCAGAGUUGAACAAAACGCAAGUUUUAUUAUGGGAAGUUCUUCAUGUCCAAUCACUUCCAAGAUUGUCAUGACAUUCUAUGGAGAUCGUGUCAAUAGUUCUGUGAAUGAUAUGGGUUCUGAUCCAUUUGAUGGCUCCAAUUUGGGAUCCAAAGGUAUUGCCUUUUUAAGUGGUUCCAUUGUCCAAAUUUUUGGUAAAAUUGAUGGUCCAAGUUGGACAGAAAUUGUAAAGAAUGCUACUAAGGGAAGUAAUCAACUUGUUUUAAGGGAUUCAGUCGCAUGGAAAGUUGGCGAUUCUAUUGUGAUUGCCUCAACUGAUUAUGGUGAAGUUUAUGAUUACAGAACUCAAAAGGAAACUUCAUUGAAUUGGGCAAUUGGUGAACCAUUUCCAAAUCAGAAUGAAGAAAGAAAGAUUGUUCAAUUGUUGAAUGGAAACAAGACUAUAGUUUUGGAUGUUCCAUUGAAUUAUACUCACUUUGCAAGUGAUAAUGGUAAAAUUCGUGCUGAGGAUCUUAUUAUGAAUUAUUCAUCCGAAACUUCACUCUUUGGUGGUCACUUUAUUAUUCGUUUGGUCGAUAAGUUUAAUAUGGAAGGAGUUGAAAUUACUAGAUUUGGUCAACAGGGUUUAAUGGGAAGAUACAGUUUCCAUUUCCAUUUAUUACAAAGUAAACCAGCUGGUUUAAACUUUACAGUUAAGGACAACUCUGUCCAUCACAGUUACCAGAGAUGUUACGUUGUCCAUGACACUCACUAUAUUCUCCUCCAAAAUAAUGUUUGUUAUCGUGCUUAUGGCCACAUGUACUUUUUAGAAGAUGGAUCUGAAUAUGGAAAUCAGUUUAUUUCUAAUUUAGGAAUUGACCCUAUUCCAAUAUCAAAGGAAAAUUCCAAAAGAUUAAUUCCAUCUGAUACUUCAGUUUCUGUUUUUUGGAUUACUAAUCCAAAUAAUACCUUUAUUGGUAAUCAUGCAGUGGGUGGUCGUUUUCCAUUUUGGUUUUCACUUCCAUCAUUCCCAACUGGUUUGAGUGCUUUAAGAUAUCCUGCUGGAUCAGUUAAUCCAAGAACUGCACCAACUAAACCUUUCGAAUAUAAUGUAGCUCACAGUUCAAAUGGAAAUGGUCUCCACAUUGAUGAUUUUGAAAAGGCAGAUGGCAAUUCUGAAAUUGUUGCAUUCUACACCAAUAAUGCUGUUUAUUCCAACUUUGUUUCAUAUAAGAAUAGAGUCUUUGGAGUUUGGUGCAGAGGAGGUUAUCUUCGUUUCGACAAUCUCUACUUGACUGAUAAUAAGAUUGCCAUGAAUGCUCCAGUUGGUGCUACUCUUACAGAAGAUAGUAUUUUCAUUGGAGAAUCUGAAAAUGUCGGUGAAUAUUCAUACAGACCGACAGUUGACUUGGGAAAGAGAACUAGGCCAGCUCUCUAUUCUUCCACAUUAUUGGAUAUUAUUAAGGGUUAUGAACAUUAUGAUAUUGGUGGUCCACAAUAUUUGAACAAUAUCACAUUUAUUAAUUUCGUUACAGAUUCGUAUAAGUAUGCAGGUGCUUUAUCUUCGAGAGCUGCCAAUUUUAAACUUCAAACCAAAAAUAAGUUUUCCAAUUUAAAGUUUAUCAAUUCGAAUAGAUAUUUUGCCUUUCCUUAUACUUAUCCAACUUCCUAUGAUAACAUGAAAGGAAUUGCAAUGAUGGACAUGGACGGAACAACCACAAAUAUUACUUCGUUUGGUGGUUGGAUUGUUGGAAAUGAAACUAUUCGAAACUUCCCUCAAUGUCAAUUAAGAAAUGAUUGGAAUGCCUAUCAAUGUCCAUUCUUUGGCGAGUCAUACUCUCACUUGAGAAUUACAACUUGGAAUUGGCCAACUCUUAACACAACUGGAAAGGACGGAGUAAAGAGACCUGAACUUGCCGAUUAUACUAAACCUGGCACAAGAAUGUACUUGGUUGACUUGUUAAGAAAUCGUCAAGCUGAUUUAACUGGAGCUUACUUGACCGGUCCAAUGGAUUACUAUUUACAAAAUAAUGUCAUCAAUAGAGGUUUUUAUGGACUCCGUUGGCCGUAUGAUAUUCCAACUCCGAAGAAUUUCUCAAUUGCCUUGGAUUCAAGUGCUACCAAUGAUUGGCUUGUUUUGGCCAUUCAAUAUCCAAGGAAUUCCAACUUUUCUAUCAAGUAUUCUACAAAUUCGAAUAAGAUGGUUGCUGCUUCUAAUUUUACAACAAUGUUUAAGGAUCCAACUAAUUAUUACUAUUAUGAUGGGUCAACUGAACAUUUAUAUGUCAAGUUACAAAAUCAAGCUUCCAGAACUUCUUACAAAUUGUAUGAUAUCUUUGUAGAUUAUUCAUCUUCUGGUGGAAUUUCAUUGAAUGCCACAUGUCCAAAUGAUAAUUGUGCUCCAUCUCAAUUUUCCAAUCCAAAGAAUCCUGGAGCUACCUACAAGGCACUCAUGAGAGAAGAUCGAUUUGUUGGUAGAUUGGAAACCUGUCAGCAAUCAAAUAUACAACCAUUGGCCUCUGGAUCAACAGUUGGUGGUGGAUUAGUGUUUGCCUUCUUGGAUACAGAAGCAGCUUCACUUGAUUUUACAGUUCCACACAGUUUGAGUUCUAUUGUAACAAGUUUGGAUGUUGGAUUUGGUCAACCUGGUAAGGAAGAUUACAUUGCCACUCCAACUUCAAAGACUGUUCCCUAUUCUCAAAGUAGAUUCGGAUAUAAAUUAUCCUACGAGGAGUGGAAUUACUUGCUUCAGGGAAAAAUGUUUGUAAAAUUGUCAACUAGUGAAAAUCCAAAUGGUCAUUUGAGGGCUCAAUUAUAUUUAAGUAAUGGAACUUCCACAAGUUGUAAUUUACCUCCUUUGGUUUCGUCUGUCAAACCAUGUGACAGUCCUAACGUGAAAAAUUCAUCUCACGUUAUUUCCAUUUACAAUGAAGCUAGUGCUUUGAGUGGAGAAUGGUCAUUGACUGCAUACAGUCCAACCGAUGUCAGAAACUCAUUCUUCAAUGUAUCCUAUAGUCCUGCAAUUUGUGGAAAUACUUCAUUGCAUUUUGGUUUAAGAAAGGGCGAUAUUUCAUUCAACAAGAUUGGUCCAAAGUUGUUUGUUGACACUAGCAUUUACAAAUACUUUGAAUUAUUCAUCAAGACUGCGAAUCCAAUUUACAGUAUUCAAAGUAUUGGUUUCGUAUUUAGUUAUUACAAUAAUUCGAAAUUGGUAGAAGCUGGCAGAUACGUUGCAACCACAAGCAACUUCCAACACUUGUACAAAAUCGAUGGAAACAGAGCAACUCGUGUGAGAAUUCCAGUUUCGUCUUUAAGUUUCGAUCCUGUUCAAUUAAUCCAAAGAAUUACCAUCUACUUGGUAGAUCAAACUAAUUAUGUCGAAUUCUUGGUGGAUAACAUGAGAUUUGUUGGAAUGGAAGGAAAGACUGAAACAACCGAAAGAACAAUGACCAUUUCUCAAUGCAAGAAUUAUGGAAGUGUUUCUUCAUGUGGAAGUUUAGUCAAUCCAGAUCCAGAUCCAUUAGGAAUAAGAAACUUGUAA